UUUCCCCAGCCGAGAGAGGACCGCUUUCGGGACGGGGGGACCAUGCCGGGCGUGGGGCUGCUGUGUCGGUUGGGCGCGCGGCUCCUGUCCAGAGGCCUCCUCGGUUCAGCUCACGUGGCAGCGGAGGCUAGAGAGGCCGGACUUAGGAGCGGGGGUCUGUGGAGUGUCAUAACGAGGCACAUUAUUGACAAUCCCACAUGGUGGGAUGAGCACCUUUCAGAAGAAAAUACUGAGUUCCUUAAGAAGUUUACAGCAGAAGAAUUCAAAGCUCAAACAGCCAAUAAACUGUGUCCAUUGAAAGAUGAACCUUGGCCUUUGCACCCCUGGGAGCCAGGGUCCAAAAGAGUUGGCCUUGUUGCAGUAAAGUUGGGGAUGAUGCCAUUAUGGACCAAAAAAGGUGAAAGAAUGGCUGUCACGUUACUUCAUGUUCGAGACUGCCAUGUAGUAAAGCACAUACCAAAGGAAGAAUAUGAUGGAAAAUAUCAGGGUCUAGUCGUUGGAGGAAAAAAUGUGUCUCAGUUUCAUAAAGGGGUGAGUGCAAUGGAGAUGUACAGAGAAGUUGGCAUUCCGCCAAAGCAGAAAAUUACAACUUUUAGAGUGUCACAUAACGCUAUCAUUAAGCCAGGGACUCCCUUGUAUGCUGCUCACUUCCGCCCCGGACAGUAUGUGGACGUCACUUCAAAAACGAUUGGCAAAGGCUUCCAAGGAGUUAUGAAAAGAUGGGGUUUUAAAGGCCAGCCUGCUAGCCAUGGCCAAACUAAAACACACAGACGACCUGGAGCAAUUUCCAAUACUAGGGUUGGAAGGGUCUUCAAAGGAAAGAAAAUGCCUGGACAGAUGGGUAACCGCUACAGGACAGUUAAAGGGCUAAAGGUAUGGCGGAUCUCUGCAAAGCACAACAUCGUUUAUGUAAAUGGUGCUGUUCCAGGUCAUAGAAAUUGUUUAGUAAAGAUCCGUGAUUCAUCUUUACCAGCAUACCAAGAUGACUGUAAGAACUCACCAUUCCCAACGUUUUUUGCUGAUGGUGAAGAAGAGCUGCCUGAUGACCUGUAUGAUGAGGAAGUUUUCCAGUUCAGUGAGCCCUCCAUCACGUUCGCUUAGCUCCUGACAUCCCGAGGAACACCCAGCUUUCCCAUUAUAAAUGUCAGUUGGAAAGGCCCAAUGCAAGAAGUCCUCCAAGGGUCCUCUGACAUCAUCAACCUACCCAACACAACCCUGGACAAUGGGUUAUUUUUGUCAAGCAUUUUCUGUAUGGCAACAGGUUCUAAAACUGCACUGAAAUAUAUAAACAGCUAUAGCAAACUUAAGAGAGGCUGAAAAAGGAUGAGCAAAGAAAUGGUGACAUUGCUGAUCAACAACUUUAAAAAAAUGUUUUUAAUUCCAAAACUUCCAAACUGAUAAAGUUAAUAUAUCUGUUCCAACCAUAUUAUGUGUCCUUUGUUUUUCCUCUUCCUUAAAAGACCAUUAACAAUAAUUAUUUGAUUGAUUAAAAACAUAUUUCCAUUUUAA